AUGGCAACUUUGAGAUGGCUUGUUCACUCGGCAUGUCACGUCUUAGGGUACCCUAAGGAAGAUAACAACAUGCAGUCAUGCAACAAAGUUGUAGGGUACCCUAAUGAGCAUGGAAAUGGAGUCAUGAUCAAGAACUCAAAGCUGGAAAUGAUGAAUCCUUCUUCGGGGUUUCAAAUGCCUCUUCAUUACCCUCGUUAUGCAAAGGCAGACUAUGAGAAGAUGGAGGAGUGGAAGGUGGAUGCCCUUCUUAGAGAAUAUGGAUUGAGUUUCCAUGGCAACCUUGAAGAGAAGAGAGGAUUUGCAAUGGGUGCAUUCUUGUGGCCUGAUCAGUAUUGA